AUGAAAUUUAAGGGGGCUCGUAAUAUGACGAAGUAUGAAUUAUUUGCUGUUGGAACGUCUAACAAUAAUACAAGGGAUAGUGGUCAAGUUGAACACGGAUAUCCUGCUAGUGAUAAUAUUGAUUCAGAACAAGUAUCAUUUGAAGAAACGGCCAGUGUUGUAUCAAACAAAGAUGAUAAGAAAAUAUUUAUGGCGAGGGUUUUACCGUCUAAAGAAUUUAGACUAUGGCUGAUAACAUGGAAAUUUUCGUUGAAUCCUGGACAGUUCACAAUCAAAGAACAUGCACUUAUCUUCAUAAUGGCACAAGUAUCUUCUUUAACAACUCCUGCAGCACUUAAAAUACAACAAGGUCUUUGGAAUAUAAAUCCGCCAGGUUUUGGCUUAGCACUAUUUUUCGUUAUUUUAGCACAAUUAAUAGGAUAUAACAUAGCUCGUACGGCAGUUGCCCGCGGGACACUUGCCCGCCAGACAGAUGCCCGCGGGACACUUGUCCGCCAGACAGAUGCCCGCGAGACAUUUGCCCGUUGGACACUUGCCCGCAGUGUACGAACACAGAUGAGCCAAGAAGCGAAAACGUCGAACAAAGUGACGCACGACAUUGUUGCUGACGGUGUUAGUCACUUAUCAGAUCAAGCAGUCGCAUCGUUACCCGAUCUGCGAAAUCUCAAGAAGACAAUUCGACGUAUUCGUCAAAAGCUCAAAAUUCUCAUACAUUACCAACGUCACGCAAUUCAAUGGUCAUCCCGGUUGACUUAA